AAUAUGAUUUAAUUUAUAUUAUUCCAUGUCUUUUCAAUUUUUACUCGAUGGGAAACCUAACAACUCUGUCUCUUUCUAACGUUGUUCAUAACGCGGCAGUAUAGGCGGGUUGUGUGGGAGGCGCAGUCCAUAUCUUUAUAGGUCUAUGGUAUACAUACAUACUGUUAGUAUUAUCAUUUAUCAUGUUAUCAAUAAGCAUUUUUAAACUUGAAAAUGAGCUAGAGACCAAACUUAACAAACUGGAUUUUUUUUUGAUGAGAAUUUACUAUUAGUUUAAAAAGAUUAGCCGUAUGCUUGUUGGUUUAUGUAUGUUGUUUCUAUAAUUCUAGUUAUUUACAAUUUAUUGUACCUACCCAUAUUAUACAACUAGGUAAGUGUAGAUACCAAAAUGAUCUGUUACAUACUAUAGUUGACAAUGUAUACUCUUUUACACGGCUUUUAUAAGUACAUAACCCAAAAAGAUGAAUUUUGCGUUUUAAUCCUGGGUUUAGAUAAUGCUGGUAAAACUACGUACUUGGAAUCUUCGAAAACAAAAUUUAAAAAAAAUUACAAAAGCAUAAAUCCAAGAAAAAUAACAACUACUGUUGGUUUGAAUAUCGGCAAUAUUGAUGUAUACGGAGUAAGUUUGAAUUUUUGGGAUCUAGGUGGUCAAACUGAGCUUCAAUCACUUUGGGACAAGUACUAUGCAGAAUGUCACGCGGUUAUAUAUAUAGUAGACUCAUCAGAUCGAGGGCGAAUGGAUGAAUCAAAGAAAUCAUUUGAAAAAAUGAUCAGCAAUGAAAACUUAGUGGGUAUACCACUUUUAAUUCUAGCAAAUAAACAAGAUAUACCAGAUUGUAUGGGUGUAAGAGAAGUGAAGCCAAUUUUUAAUCAGAAUGCUCAUUUAAUUGGCAGAAGAGACUUUAUGGUCAUGCCAAUUUCUGCAUUGACUGGUGAUGGCAUUGACGAAGGAAUAAAAUGGCUGGUUGAAUCAAUACGACGGAAUAUAGAAAUUAGACCGCCAAAAAACGUUGAAGACUAUUAAAAUACAAAAAAAUGUGUUUUUUUAAAUAAUUUUUUUUUCCUAUAGAAUGUAAAGUAAAAAAACAAAAUUGUUUGAUUCAUAUUUUUAUACUCUUGUUGGUUUUACCAAAUUCUAUUUAAAAAAAAGAUUAUAUAUUAUAGUCUAAUUAAAAACGAAUUCUAGCUUAUUUUUUAAAUAUUUACUUUUUAUACACAUUUGUAUGCAUAUAAAUAAA